AUGCCACGCUCACAGAUAGAAGAGAUCUCCGAGUUCGAGAAACAGCGUCUCGCCAACAUCGCCGAACGCGAUGCGCUUCUCAAAAAGCUCACCCUCGAAGCGCAAUCAUCCGGUCUCUUCGCAAAAGCAUCACCCAAACCCAGCAGCAAGGAUACUACAUCGCGACCGAAAAAGAAACCCGCUCCUCGCGUGAAAAAGGAAGAUGAAGCCCCAAUCGUGCGGCGCAUGUCGUCCCGCUUACGAGGCAUUCAGGCAGAUAGCGAAGUCGCAAAGCGGAAAGCAGAUGAAGCAUUCGAGCAAGCACAGAAAGUCGAGCGUGAGAAGAGAUUGCGGAAAUCUGAUUUCUUUACUCUUGAUAACAUGUUGGUGUCGGGACAGAAAUUAACUGGUGAUGCUCUUAUUGGAAUUGAUGUGGUUACAAAGGGUGUUGCGAAGCCUUAUGAACGGACGUUCGGAGAUGAGGAUGUUAAAAACACGAAAGAUAAAGAUCUCAAAGCUUUGAGAGAGGAAAUGAAUUCAUUGGAGCUGUGGGAUCAGUGGACGCCGGGUCGUAUCAAAAUCACACCAGAACGCAUAUAUACAAUGACUUUCCAUCCAUCCGAAGCCAAACCCCUGAUAUUUGCUGGUGACAAAAUGGGCCACUUAGGCGUCCUUGACGCAUCGCAGAAAAGGCCAAAGUUUGAUGAAGAUGACGACGACUACGAUGACCCUGACCCGGCAAUCACAACUCUCAAACCGCAUACUCGCACUAUCAGUUCUAUGGUAAUACCACCACAAAAGAUGACACGGCUCUAUACCGCCAGCUACGAUAGCUCAAUCCGAGAAUUAGAUCUAGAGAAAAUGACAUCCGAAGAGAAAUGGGCACCAGCAACAACAGCGGCCGAUGAACCCGUGUCGAGCAUUGACAUGGCAUUUGACGACCCCAAUGUUCUCUACUGGACAACACUCAGCGGUCUUUUCAAUCGCUACGACCUACGCGCCUCUCAUAAGCCCUCGUCGGUUCAGGAAUGGCAGCUCUCUGAGAAGAAAAUAGGAGGCUUCUCAUUGCUCCCCUCGCAUCCGCAUUUCUUUGCCACUGCAAGCUUGGACCGCACAAUGAGGGUAUGGGAUAUAAGGAAACUGUCUCAUUCCGAUCCACAGCCUGUAGGCGAACAUGAGAGUCGAUUAUCCGUAUCGCAUGCGGCGUUCAAUAGUGUCGGUCAAGUAGCCACCUCGUCGUACGAUGACUCUAUCAAGUUAUACAAUUUUGGAAGUAAGGGCAUUGCAUCUUGGAGACCGGGACAUAGACUCAACGACAAGGAAAUGAAGCCUGAUACAGUGGUGCGACACAAUUGUCAGACAGGCCGUUGGGUUACAAUCCUCCGACCACACUGGCAGCAAACCCCGCAAUCAGCCAUACAGCGCUUCUGCAUUGCCAAUAUGAACCGCUUCGUUGACAUCUAUACUUCUAAUGGCGACCAGUUAGCUCAACUAGGCGGUGACGACAUCACGGCCGUGCCUGCAGUGGCAGUUUUCCACAGGAGUAAGAAUUGGGUAGCCGGUGGAACCGCGAGUGGAAAGAUAUGUUUAUGGAUGUAG